AUGACUGAUGGCGAGGGGAGAGUGCGCUUUCAGUACGCAGAGAGCCCGGAGGGGCAGGAGGAGGCGCGGGAGGAGGUGAGGCUCGCUAUACCGACGCCCUGCAGGACCGACGCCCCGGGUCAUGAUGCUGACCCUGGAGGAGGCCGGGAUGAGGAGGAAGAAGAGGAGGUGGAGAGGACGAGGAGGAGGAGGGGUACCGGUCGGGGAGAUGGAGCGGAAUGGAGUCCUGAGGUUCAGGAGCACGAAGACCAGGAACCAGAGCUGGAGGUGGAAACUGGACCGACAUUGGGAGUUCGCAUCAGGGCUCCUAUUCGGGACCCUGACUGUGUGUCGGAGGAGGAGGAGCAGCAGCCGUACCCGGGCCUGACCCCCGUGGCCUUCUUCUGCUUGAAGCAAACCACGAGGCCUCGCAACUGGUGUCUCCGCGUCGUCUGUAACCCGUGGUUCGAGCACGUGUCCAUGCUGGUCAUCCUGCUCAACUGCGUCACUCUGGGGAUGUUCCAGCCCUGCGAAGACGUCGCCUGUCAGUUGGAGUGGUGCCGAAUCCUAGAGGUAUUGGACGACUGUAUCUUUGCUUUCUUUGCCGUGGAGAUGGUCAUCAAGAUGGUUGCCCUGGGAAUUUUUGGCCCCAAUUGUUACCUUGGCGACAAGUGGAACCAGCUUGACUUCGUCAUCGUCAUGGCAGGGGUGAUGGAGUAUUCUCUGGACGGACAUAAUGCCAGUCUGUCAGCCAUCCGUACCGUCCGAGUGCUCCGGCCUCUGCGGGCCAUCAACAGAGUACCAAGUAUGCGGAUCUUGGUGACAUUGCUGUUGGAUACCCUGCCCAUGCUGGGAAACGUCCUCCUCCUCUGCUUCUUUGUCUUCUUCAUCUUUGGCAUUGUGGGAGUCCAGCUGUGGGCGGGACUUCUGCGCAACCGCUGCUUCCUGGAAGAGGACAUCAUAACAAUGUACAACUUGUCCAUAAGUCCUUACUACAUGUCGGAGGAAGGUGAAGACAGCCCAUUCAUCUGCUCGGCUCCCCGAGAGAACGGGAUGCUGCGCUGCAACAGCGUGCCGCCCCACGCAGAGGGCGGGGCCAACUGCAUGGCCGGCCUGCCCCCAAGUUCGGCUCUGAUUGGAAGUGUUAACGGCUGCAUUAACUGGAACCAGUACUAUAAUGUUUGUAAACCCGGGGACCUCAACCCUCACAAGGGAGCUGUCAACUUUGACAAUAUCGGCUACGCCUGGAUAGCCAUAUUCCAGGUCAUCACUCUGGAAGGAUGGGUAGAUAUCAUGUACUAUGUCAUGGACGCUCACUCCUUCUACAAUUUUAUAUAUUUUAUACUGCUCAUUAUCGUGGGCUCUUUCUUCAUGAUCAACUUGUGCCUCGUGGUCAUCGCCACCCAGUUCUCCGAGACAAAGCAGAGGGAGAACGCCCUGAUGAGGGAGCAGCGCGCUCGCUACAUGUCCAACGACUCCACGCUCGCCAGCUACAGCGAACCAGGCUCGUGCUACGAGGAGAUGCUGCGCUACAUCAGCCACCUUUAUCGCAAGUUCACACGCAGACUGCAGAGGAUAUACUCUGGAUGGCACAGUAAAAGGCGUAAAAAGGUGAAUCCUAACGGCAGUGGCGGAGGCAGCAACGGCGGGGGUAACGGACACGGACACGGCUCCAGCAGAGGCUGUGGAGGCCUGGGCCCCGGCAGCGCGUUGUGGUUGAGACCGAUCCACAACCUCCUGCAGCACCAUCAGCACCAGCACUGUCGCCUCAGCAACGGGGGGCAGCACACCACCAGCGCGGCGACCACCACCGAGCGUACGGACGGAGAGGGAGGGGAGGAGCUGGAGAUGAAGUCGCUUCCUGCUCGGAGAGGAAGUACAAACAGGAACGGCGGCGAGGCGUCCGGCGUCGCCCAAGGCAUGGGGGCGCUGCUGGGCCGGCUGAACGGGGGGAUGAACUAUCCCACCAUACUGCCCUCGUUUGUGUGCAGCUACAGCAGCAAGACGCCGCCCCCAUCCAAGCAGUGCGGGCCAAGUCCAGAGCAGCACCCGCCGAACCACCCGGCAUCCGAACACACAGAGACACUGAACAAGCUCUACCAGCUCAUGGGACAGCACAGUCGCCAGAGGCUACUGUACCAGCUGGCGGGCGUGGUGCCCAGCCCUCUGCUCCUGGAGCUGCUCAGCUGCCCAAUGUGUGCCCGCAGCCUGGAGACCCUGGAGCUGGAGCUGGGAGACCUGGAGGGAGGCAGGGGAGAGGCUGACGGACUGCACGACUUCCCCCAGGGGGGAGAUCUGAGAGGCAGGCGAGGUCGGAGCCGACGGCGAGGGGUCAGGGAGUACAAGAACGGAGUGGUCCGGGCCUGGGUGGCCUUCAGGGACAAACUGAAAAGGAUUGUGGAAAGCAAAUACUUCAACCGAGGGAUCAUGAUCGCCAUCCUCGUCAACACUCUCAGCAUGGGGAUCGAGUACCACGAGCAGCCCGAGGAGUUGACUGACGUGUUGGAGAUCAGUAACAUCGUUUUCACCAGCAUGUUCGUCCUGGAGAUGGGCUUCAUGAUGCUGGCUUUUGGCUUUUUUGGAUACAUCAGGAACCCAUACAACAUCUUCGACAGCGUCAUUGUGAUCAUCAGUGUGUGGGAGAUAAUCGGUCAAGCAGACGGCGGGUUGUCAGUCCUGCGAACAUUUCGUCUGCUUCGGGUUCUGAAGCUGGUUCGCUUCCUGCCCGCCCUGAGGAGACAACUGGUGGUGCUGAUGAAGACCAUGGACAACGUGGCCACGUUCUGCAUGCUGCUGAUGCUUUUCAUCUUCACCUUCAGUAUUCUGGGUAUGCAUCUGUUUGGCUGUAAAUUCAGUGUGAGGAUGGAGAACGGAGACACUAUCCCCGACCGCAAGAACUUUGACUCUCUGCUCUGGGCCAUCGUCACUGUAUUCCAGAUUCUUACCCAGGAGGACUGGAACGUGGUGUUGUAUAACGGCAUGGCUUCCACCUCUCCAUGGGCGGCGCUCUACUUUGUUGCUCUCAUGACUUUUGGCAACUACGUGCUCUUCAAUUUACUCGUAGCCAUCUUGGUAGAGGGCUUCCAGGCUGAGGGUGAUGCUAAUCGGUCGGAGUCAGAUGACGAGAAGAAAUCGGACAACUUCUCCGAGGACGAGAAGGUAGAACAGCUCAGAGACACUGAGCUAAAAAUGUACUCCCUGAUGAUGACCGCCAACGGUCACGUUGACCCGCGAGGCUCGAUGGCUCCUCCUAUAAUCAUGCGUACGGCAGCCACUCCUAUGCCGACCCCCAAGAGCUCUCUGGGACCGGAGUCGGUCCUCGAAGAGGAGCUCAUGUACAGGGAGGGGGUGCCUCAGUACGGCGAGGUGGGACUGGGGUUUUCCGAUGUGGGAAGCAUCCAUGCAGAGUCUCGCCGUGGAAGCUCCACCUCCAUGGACCCUUUAGCCUAUGACCAGCAUUCUCUGGGCCUCUCGAGUCCCGGCCGGCGCUCCCCUCUUCCUCCCCGCUCAUGGGGAAGCCGGCGCUCCAGCUGGAACAGUCUGGGAAGAGCACCGAGCCUCAAACGGCGAGACACCAGCGGGGAGAGAGAGAGCCUGUUGUCCGGGGAGGGGGGAGAGGAGGAAGACGGUCGGGAGGAAAAGGGGGAAGCCGGGGUGAACAACCGACUGCGACAGGAGUCCUUGGAGCUGCUGCAGGCGUCCACUCUCUGCCCUUCCAUAAUAACGGAGUAUGGGGACUGUAACGGCAGGACCCUGACCUAUGACCCCACCGUGAACGCCGAGCCCAAGGAAGACUCCUUGAAUGAGGAUGACAUAGACGAAGACAGUUCUUUCUGGUUGUGGCUGAAAAAAGAGAUUCUGAACAUGAAGCCCCUCUGGUGCAAAGAGCACGAAGACUGGACGCUGUAUUUGUUCUCUCCAGAGAGCAAAAUCCGUGGGUGGAGCCAAAGUGUGAUCUCUCACAAACUGUUCGACCACAUUGUUCUGGUUUUCAUCUUCCUCAACUGCAUCACCAUUGCUCUGGAAAGACCUGAUAUAAAGAUGCAAAGCAAUGAGCGAAAGUUUCUGAGUGUGUCCAACUACGUGUUCACUGUGAUCUUCCUGGCGGAGAUGGCCAUUAAGGUCAUUGCUCUCGGUUUCUGCUUUGGGAAGCAGACUUACCUCCAGUCCAGCUGGAACGUUCUGGAUGGUUUGUUGGUGUUUGUGUCUCUGGUCGACAUUCUGGUCUCUCUGGCUUACACCGGCGGAAACAGGAUCCUGGGCAUCCUCAGAGUCCUGCGCCUGCUACGAACACUACGCCCACUGAGGGUGAUCAGCCGAGCUCCGGGUUUGAAGCUUGUCGUGGAGACGCUCAUCACUUCUCUCAGACCCAUCGGGAACAUCGUCCUCAUCUGCUGCGCCUUCUUCAUUGUCUUUGGCAUCUUGGGGGUUCAGCUGUUCAAAGGGAAGUUCUACCACUGUGAAGGUCUGGACAUGAAAAACGUCACCAACAAGUCGGACUGCCUGGAGGGCCACUACCGCUGGAUACGGAGGAAGUACAACUUUGACAACCUGAUUCAGGCUCUGAUGUCUCUGUUUGUGCUGUCCUGUAAGGACGGCUGGGUCAACAUCAUGUAUGACGGGCUGGACGCAGUGGGAGUCGACCAACAGCCUGUGAGGAACCACAACCCCUGGAUGCUGCUCUACUUCAUCUCCUUCCUGCUCAUCGUCAGCUUCUUCGUCCUCAAUAUGUUUGUCGGUGUCGUGGUGGAGAACUUCCACAAGUGCCGGCAGGACCAGGAGGAGGAGGAGGCUCGCCUACGGGAGGAGAAGAGGCUCAAAAUGAUAGAGAAAAAGCGCAGGAGUAAGGAGAAUGAAGGGGCUGAGGCCAAGCAGAGGCCCUACUACGCCGACUACUCCCCCCUGCGUCUGUACAUCCACACACUGUGUACCAGCCACUACCUGGACCUCUUCAUCACCUUCAUCAUCUGCAUCAACGUCUUCACCAUGAGCAUCGAGCACUACAAUCAGCCUCAGUAUUUAGAGGAGGUUCUGAAGUACUGUAACUACGUGUUUACCUGCAUCUUCGUCGUCGAGGCCCUGCUCAAACUUGCGGCGUUCGGCAUACACCGGUUCUUCAAAGACAGGUGGAAUCAGCUGGAUAUUGCUAUAGUGGCGCUGUCCAUCGUGGGCAUCACCCUGGAGGAGCUGGAAAUGAACGCGGCUCUGCCCAUAAAUCCUACCAUCAUCAGAAUCAUGAGAGUGCUCAGGAUAGCACGAGUGCUGAAGCUCCUGAAGAUGGCCACUGGGAUGCGAUCUCUGCUGGAUACUGUCAUGCAAGCGCUCCCACAGGUUGGAAAUCUCGGCCUCCUCUUCAUGCUGCUCUUCUUCAUCUACGCUGCACUGGGAGUGGAGCUCUUUGGCAAACUGGAGUGCACUGAACAGAACCCAUGCGAGGGUCUGAGUCGUCACGCUACCUUUGAGAACUUCGGGAUGGCCUUCCUCACACUGUUUCGAGUGUCCACAGGAGACAACUGGAAUGGGAUUAUGAAAGACACGUUAAGGGAGUGUCAACAAAACGAGCGCAACUGUCUCCCCUACCUGCCUCUGGUCUCGCCAAUCUACUUUGUCACGUUUGUGCUCAUGGCCCAGUUUGUGCUGGUCAACGUGGUCGUUGCUGUGUUGAUGAAACAUCUGGAGGAAAGCAACAAGGAGGCUAAAGAGGAUGCAGAGAUGGACGCAGAGAUCGCCUUGGAAAUGGCGAUGGAGAGGGAACGCAAAUUAAGCGCCACCUCCCACAACAGUUCAGCGGGAGGAACCUACGUUGGGCCGUGUCCAAAUUCACCUGGACAGGAGGAAGAGGAGAAGUAUGGGGACUUGCUGUCGUCAAGGAAGAUGUCCGUAUCCAGGAUGCACUCUCUGCCUAACGACAGCUACAUGUUCCGACCCGUGCGGCCUGCCAGCGCCCCCUACGCUUUGGAGGAGGUAGAUCUCAGUCCCCAACACGAGCAUUCAGGCUCACUGACGUCCGUCCACUCUCAGCCAUGUGAGGAUCGCGCCCUGCUGCAGGUUCCAGACGUCUCCCCCGUUCACCCUCAGCAGCCUCCCUCCCUCACCCUGCCCCGCAUCGCCCCGCCCACGCCCAGCGCCUCCCCGCGGGCCCUGCGCAGACAGGUGGCGGUUAAACUGGACUCUGUGGAGUCCCAGAGGUGUGAGCAACAGGAGAGGCCCAACUCUGUCCAUCUGCCUCCCCUUUCCCCCUCUCCCUCUCCCCUCAUCAUACCUCCCCCCAUCACCGCUGCCUCCUCCUCCCCCUCCUCCCCCUCCGCCCUCUCCCUCCUACCCUCUUCCCCUCCCGCCUUCCCUCCUCCCUCUCCCUCCUCUCUGCAUCCGCUGCUCUCCUCCCCCUCUUCCCUCCCUCCUACGCCGUCUUCCCCGUCGCUUCUCCUCCCUCCACCUCUCCCCCGGCUCCCCCUGCGCCCCGCCAGCCUGCGGAGACAUCGGCCGCCCUCUGCUGUCUCCCUCCGUGACCCGGCGGACGAGGAGGUGUACCACAUCACCAGCUCGGCCUGCCACGGGCGGAGGGACGAGGAGGGAGGGGGGCAGGAGGGCAGGGGGAAGGUCGGCCGUAGCCACUCCCUCUCCCCUUACGCCACCCCGCACGCUCUCAACUCCACCUCCUCACCCUCUCCUCCCCCGCUGCCGCCCUCCUCCUCGAGGAGCGUGCUCAGUCUGCUCGGGGCGGGACUGACGGACCGAGACUUUAAGAAGGGUUUGAGCGUUGACAACCAGGCCUUCCCGGACAAACCGUCAUCCCUCUCCGCCGGUUACCCUGACGACCAGCGGCGCCACUCCAUCGAGGUCUGCCUCCCACAGGCCUUCAUCUCCAACUACGACCAACACUUCGCGCGUGAGGCCCACCGGUCGGAGAAAGGUGGUCAGGCGUUUCCUGUGAGGGUGCAGUCGGUCGGCGGCGGCCACAGGAAGAAGAAGAUGAGUCCUCCUUGUAUUUCCAUCCACCCGCCCUGUGAGAGGGAACACCCUCAAAUUGCCUCGCCCACGAACCUGGCUGACUGCAGCAUGCUGCUGAGACGCAGGACGCCGUCCUACGACCUGAGCCCGCACACGCAGGACGCCUCUGCAGAUUCACAGACUCGCACGCAGAUGCACUCCCCGAUGCACACGCCGCUCCACACGCCGCUCCACGCGCCGCUGCAGGCGCACUCGCCGACGCGAACGCUGACGGCCUCGCGGGCGUCCACGCCGACACACACUCCACCUCACUCAUCCACACCCACGCCUCCACACAUCCCGAUCAGCCCGAACAUCUUCAUCCAGCCGCAUGCACCUCUCGUCCCGAGGCCUUUCUCGCAGACGCACUCCCUCUCCCCCGCAGCGAGGCACUCCUCGCUCACGGGGGAGUACAUCCCGAUCCCCCAGUUCACCUUCGACCAACCACAGUCCAGGUACAUGAGCGGCCUGUCAGCUGGCCUAUCAGACGCCGACACGGCCACCUGUUCUUCACCCUUCGACAACAGACUGGGAGGCGGUGCGGGAUUCAGUGCAAAGAAUCGGAGGACCGCCCAGUGA